UCCUGCCAUCGAUGCGUUUCCCUUUUUUGUGUACUUCGCUGUCAUGUUUGUGUACAUCUGCAGAACUAUAUUUAAUCAGUCACGGAGCUCACAGAGACUGGAACACCGCGCGCUGACUAGAGGCAGAGAGAGAGAGGCUGACUCUUCAUGAAGGAGAACACGCUGACUUACAUACAUGUGGACUAGCCUCGGCUAAUACAUCGCCUUCAGCCUCUCAUUGAUUGAAGACGCAACAGCGAGGAGGCACUGCGCGUUUGCGAGGUAUGGAUGAUUGUUUGUGUGUGGGGUCCGGCUAAGGGCCACCGUUGCCCUGGCGUGUGCCUCUCGUUGGCUCAGCCACCAGCAUGUACCGCAGAAACGGCCUUUCGGACGGUGCCAGUAUCAGCUCUGCCUCCUCAGAGGGUACCAGCAGCUUGCUGUCACUGGACGGGCCGAGUGGCGACUAUGCCAAAAGCUAUGAUGCGGUUGUGUUUGAUGUACUAAAGGUGACACCGGAGGAAUUUGCGAGCCAAAUUACAUUGAUGGAUGCACCUGUGUUUAAGGCCAUUCAGCCAGAGGAGCUGGCUAGCUGUGGCUGGAACAGGAAAGAGAAACACAUCUUGGCACCCAAUGUAGUGGCCUUCACACGCAGGUUCAACCAGGUGAGCUUCUGGUUGGUGAGAGAAAUCCUCACAGCUCAGACACUGAAGAUCCGCGCUGAAAUCCUGAGCCACUUUGUAAAAAUCGCAAAGAAACUGUUGGAACUGAACAACCUCCACUCUCUGGUAUCUGUAGUCUCGGCUCUGCAGAGUGCUCCCAUCUUCAGACUGAGCAAGACCUGGGCGCUGAUAAGCCGUAAGGACAAGGCCACGUUUGAGAAGCUUGAUUUCCUUACUUCAAAGGAGGAGAACUACACCCGUAUGAGAGAGUACAUCAGGUCCCUCAAGAUGGUCCCCUGCAUCCCCUAUCUGGGUAUUUACUUGCUGGACAUGAUCUACAUUGACUCCGCCUAUCCUGCAUCCGACAGCAUUAUUGAGACUGAGCAGAGAAGAAAUCAAAUGAACAAUCUCCUGAGAGUGAUCUCUGACUUACAGAUGUCCUGCAAUUACGAUCACCUCGUGACCCUCCCCCAUGUGCAAAAGUACUUGAUGUCUGUUCGCUACAUUGAGGAGCUUCAGAAGUUUGUGGAAGACGACAACUUCAAGAUUUCCUUGAAGAUAGAACCUGGGAACAGUUCACCAUGCAUGGCGUCCUCCAAAGAAGAUCUUGCAGACAUGUCACUCUCUGUGAGGUACAGUCGUCGACCUACCUGCCCUGAUGCCACAGUGGGGGUCCGCAUGCCCACCCCUCCACCAUCACGCCAUAGAAAGAGCCAUAGUGUGGGCAACAAUAUGAUGUGGCAGUUUGGCAUGGUGGAGAGUAAAAGUGCCACAUUUCCUGUGGAGAAACCACGGCAUCUGCUCGACGACAGCUUCUUAGAGUCUCAGAGUCCAGCCAGAAACAACCCCAACAACUCUUCAGUGUCCAAUGGCAUAUCAAUAGGAAGCAGUGAGAGCUCAUUCUGUGAGGAUCCGUCCACAAGACUAGAAAGGGGGCGCAUGUAUGCCACGCUGGGGCCCAACUGGAGGGUCCCUCUCCGCAACUCCCCCAGAAGUCGCAGCUAUGCCUGCAGUGCAUCAGCAGUGGAACCUGGCCGAGGCCAUUGGGAGAUAGGUGGUAUCGCUAUGGAGGGUCCUCUAAAGAGAAAGACCCUGCUGAAAGAGGGCCGAAAGCCAAAGGUGAGCUUGCUUUCGUCGUGGACACGGUAUUGGAUCACACUCUCAGGCUCUACUUUGACUUUCUAUGGAGCCAAAGCACUUCGAGGCACAGAAAGAAAACAUUACAAAUCUACACCCUGUAAAAAAGUGUGUGUGCUGGGCUGGAUGGUGGUCUUGCCAGAUGAUCCAACACGACCCAAUAUCUUUCAGCUAAAUGAUGCAGACAAAGGAAACGUUUACAAGUUUCAGACAGGGUCUCGCUUCUCUGCAAUCCUCUGGCAUAAACACUUGGAGGAGGCUUGUCAGAGCAACAAACCACAGACACCAGCCAAUCUCAUGUCAUUCGAGUAAGAACCGUUGCUCAAGCCUUAAAAUGUGAAAAAGUGCCAAAGCUCUCUCCACGUGGGAUCGGAGGAAUGAGUCUGAGAAGACGAGAAAAAAGAACAGACCGGGAGUGUCCACUGAGUCAAAGUUCUGCUGCUUACAUGGACUUUUCCUCUGGCCUGGCCAAGGCUCCUCAGCUUCAAGGCUGGGUAGAGCUUGUCUGUCUUGCACUAGGAAACAAGGUGGAAUAUGCUAGGCUGUGUGGAGGUACUGGCUGUACUGUACUGUAACAGUGAACACUCUGAACACUUUCCUCCCCCAUCCCCUGCCUUACCUGGAAGCUUUUUUUGUUCUGUAGUGUCCUUGUCUUGCCCAUGUUGGGUUUAUUUAUAUGUUAGGAGUAUAGGUUGUGCACACACAUAGUCUACACUAGAAGUUAGCACUGUUAUUGGAAGAGACAGUACGUUGUUGUCCUUUGUUUUUGGAGGCCUUACCUAGCCACACGAGAAGAACUACAGGCUCCACAGGGAGGCUGAUUGUGUUUUGUAUUCUACUACUGUAAGAGUCAAGAGCCACUGCUAGCACUCAGAGCCAUAGAUGCACAAAGCACAGCUGGGCCACCUGAUGCCAUACUGGCUCUGACUGAUGUAAUUCGUAGGCUAAUUACUUUAGUAGAUCUGUAAAGGAACAGAAUGUUGGUCAUUGGUGGCCAUUUUCAGAAUGUGAUAUGUUCUGUAGGGCUGGCCCGAAUGAUUUGAAUACUCGAGUUUUCGGUGAUUAAGUUGGUAUUUGAUUCACUAUUUAGUAUUCAGAAGUCUGUCAAAAGUUGUGGUUUAAACUACAACACAUUUCAUCAAAAUGAGCCUUUAUGUUGUUGCUGUCACUCAAAAACCUUGUCUUCAUUCUUGUCAUUUUUACUGUUCUACAUCAUUUGAAACAGUUACCUUUUGCAUUGUAUUAGAAUGUUAUGAUCAGUGGACCACUAUAGAUGAUCCAAAAUGACUUCGAAAAAAUCUUGUCACAUUAUUUCCAUUGCAAGUUCAGAAUUUUUUUUCCUUCUCCUGUAAAGUUACCAUUUCGAUGAUACAAGGUUUUGUUUUGACAGUGACGAUAUAGAACAGGUAUUGUAAUAUAUGGAAAAUUAAACAGAUCCUAGGCAUUCACGUCACCUCACUUCAGAGCACAAAAACUGCACUGCUUUCGUUCAUUGCCACUGAAGCUAAAAGAGCAAACUUUAGAGCACUUUAAUUCACAUUCAGAAAAAUGCUCAGUGCACAGUUUACAAAAAGAGCUUGGUGUACCAAAGAGGCACGACAAAUAUCACUAGCCUUGGGUGUGUUUGCAGUGAAACACCACCACUGCUACAUUGUGGGUGCUCCCAGACAGAGUCUGGUGUGGGGGUGAAAUUCAGUCUAGCUAGCAGACUGAAAGCUGAAGUGAUCACAGUAUCAUUGGUCCCCAUGACUUGGACCCUCUGUGCACUUUACUAGCCAAGAGGGAUACCUCUCAAGCUGCUUCUAGGUUGGUCCUGUUUGUGUUCAGAUUGCAGCUUCAAACGCUCCUCAAUCCUGUGCUCUACUCUCUUGUAGCUCAACUUGGCCUGGGAAUUGUCCACACUACUGCUUUCAAUGCUAAAAAUGGUGAACAAGCCAAAUAACAAAAGAGAAGCAGCUAACUAAAACCAACUAACACCGUGAAACCAACUAACACUGUCAUUCUUAUACGAUACACCCUUAGCAUCUGCUUGACUUAUGAAAUGUAAUUAAGCGAGAGGGCUUCAGUUAUGGCUUCUUUGGCAUACAAUGCGAGCAGCUGGGCUUCAGCCUCACUAUUCGUACAUUAUUGCCACCAACUGGAUGUAUUUUGAGCUGCACAAAUAAACAUACUUAAAACAGUA